AGAGAGAGAGAGAGAGAGAGACGUCUCUUCCUCCGUUUUACCGAAAAUCUUCACCCGUGAAUACAUCUCCUGCGAUGGAGGAGACAGAAGACAGAGGAGAACUAGGAGGAGGAGGUGGAGGAGGAGGUUACCACCGGGCAGCCAAGCGGCUCCGGACGGAGGAGGAGGCCGGCGGAGAGGAGCUGGAGGACGGGGAGGAGGAGGAUGAGGAGGACUCUGCCGGAGAGGAGGCAGCGGGGAGCCGCAGCACCGAGGAUAGGAGCCGGAGGAGCGGAGGGAAGGACGGUGUGGACAGCCAUCGCAUCCCUCCGUCACCGGUCGUCCACGUCCGAGGGCUGUGUGACGCCGUGGUGGAGGCCGACCUGGUGGAGGCGCUCGACAAGUUCGGCAACAUCUGUUAUGUGAUGAUGAUGCCGUUCAAGCGUCAGGCUCUGGUGGAGUUCGACAGCGUGGAGAGCGCCGAGCGCUGCGUGACGCGAGGAGCCCGUGAGCCCGUGUGCGUCGCCGAGCAGCAGGCCUUCUUCAACUUCUCCACCAGCCAGAGGAUCACCAGACCCACCAACGCAGACGACCCCACCAGCAGGAACAAGGUUCUGCUGCUGUCCGUCCAGAACCCGCUGUACCCCAUCACCACGGACGUUCUGUACAGCGUCUGUAACCCGCUGGGCAACGUGCUGCGAAUCGUCAUCUUCAAGCGCAACGGCAUCCAGGCCAUGGUGGAAUUUGAGUCAAUUGAGGACGCUCAGAAGGCCAAACUGUCCCUGAACGGUGCCGACAUCUACGCCGGCUGCUGCACGCUCAAGAUCGAGUACGCCAGGGUAAACACACACACACACACACACACACAGAGCGCUCUGGACAAACACACACUCAGGCGCAUGCACACAUACACACCUUCACGCUCAUGCCCACACACACACACACACACACACACACACACACCCAGAGGUGCUCUGCUCUGUCGCCCCCUGCAGCCCAACAGACUGAACGUCGUCCGCAAUGACACCAGCAGCUGGGACUACAGCAAACCCCUCGUCCUGCAGCGAGAGAGAGCAAAGGGGAGGCAGCGUCAGGCCAUCCUGGGAGAGCAUCCAUCCAACGGCUACGGCCCACACUGCCCUCUGCUGCCUCUUCCUGCCAACAGCAGGUACAGGAGGAGCAGUGAGGAGGUGCAGGACAUGAUCUCCUACCCGCUGCUCCUUCCUAAAACCUCCUCCUCCUCAUCCUCCUCCUUCCUGUGCCACGGAGCCUCUAGCUCAGUCUCCAUGGUGAGCGGACUCCAUCCCACCAAGAUGAACUGCAGCUGCAUCUUCAACCUCUUCUGUCUCUACGGCAACGUGGAGAAGGUGAAGUUCAUGAAGAGCGUUCCCGGCACAGCGCUGGUGGAGAUGGGUGAUGAGUACGCUGUGGACCGAGCAGUCACUCACCUCAACGGCAUCAAGGUGUUCGGCAAGAAACUCAACGUCUGUGUGUCCAGGCAGCAGUCGGUGAUUCCCAGUCAGGUGUUUGAGCUUCCUGACGGCAGCAGCAGCUACCAUGAUUUCAGUCUGACCAGGAACAACCGCUUCAGCAGCGCACAGAGCAGCAGGAACAUCAUCCAACCACCAGCUGCCGUCCUGCACUUCUACAACGCCCCGCCCACCCUGAGCCAGCACCAGCUGCUCAAGCUCUGCACUGAACACAACGUCCCCGCCUUCACAAAGUUCAAGGUCUUUGAUGCCAAACCAGCUGGCUCCAAGACUCUGUCCGGUCUGCUGGAGUUUGACAGUAAAACUGAAGCUGUGGAGACUCUGACCGUCCUCAACCACCAUCAGAUCAGAAUUCCCAACAGCUCCAACCCCUUCACCCUGAAACUCUGCUUCUCCACCUCCUCCCAUCUGUGAGUUGGGAAACAAGAUGGCCGCCACAGUCACCCCCCCCCUCCUCCGGGGACGAACCGGAGAGCGAGUCCGAUCAUCACGUUGGGUUUGUGUGUUUGUUGUCUACUGCAGCAGGAAGUGGCCGAGUCCUGAAGAAGAAGAAAAUAACAGCUGUUCCUGAACGACGUCAAGCAUUCAGAGAAGUUCAUUAAAAACUCAGGGAGGAAUCAACCAAUCAGAUCGCAGCCAGCACCAGACGGACACGAGAUGUUUUAUGAGACUGAAUUUAUAUGUAACUUUAUUUUAUUUGAUGGGCACGAUGCAGGAUUUAUGUUGUUUUUCUGGAUUUAAAGUAUAAUUUAACUUUAUUUUUACUGUUGUUGUGACAGAGGUUAGAAGAUGUGUUAGUUUCUUUAAUGUGAAGAAGACAUUCAUUCACUUGGCACUGAUUAUUGUUUGAACUGAAUGUGUGACUUGUGUGAAGGUUGACUGUUGGUUAGCAGAGGUGUCCUGUACACACCUGACAGCCAAUCACAAGCUGUCUGUGUGUACUUGCUGAGGAUGGUCGUAAUAAAGGUGGUGUCAGUA